AUUUUUUCCUUUCCGUCGGCGGUCAGAGGUGGAGAAGCAAGUCGUCCUCUUCAGCCAAGAGAAGCCGCCAUGUUGCAACGCAGAAAGUCGAUGGGACUUUCUGCAGGGUAUCUGAGGCUCAAAGCUAAUGAUAGCAACGACUCGAUGUCUGAACGAUUCAGCUGCAGAACAUGGAUCUUCCGUACCUGCUGCGCUUACUCCGACUUUCAAAAGCCUGGCUAUGGACUGUCUUUGCCAACUCGCUUAUUCAGAUUACCGCCUUUGCUUGGAAAAGAGCGGAGUCCACCCGUUUGCGAUGAUAAAAGGUGACGGCGGUGCAACUUGAGAACAGUCGCACCUUGACAGCACAAUCGCAAGCUCAGAUUCGAACGGCGACAUCAGGGCCUUCAAAUACCGAUUUUCCACGGACAACGAAACUGUGCACAAAAUCCGCCGAGUCCUCAGCCUCUGGAUCGUUACCGAUCGCCAGAUCAUUCCCCUCCGCGAUCCAGUCCAGACGACAAAAUCCAACAAGCUACCGCCUUCUGCAAGCCUCUGAGAAGUAUAGACACCGAACAUCUCAACAUGUUGCUCAAGGCCGUUCUGCUCCUCGGAAUCGCGAUGAUGGCCACAGCAGGUUCAACGCUCGCCGAACCUCAACAGGAGUCGAUUCUUGCCCAGCCCGCAUGCGCAGAAUGCCAGCCCUGCCCGGUGAGCGGCUGCUUCUGCGGCACCAGCCAUCAAGGAUCGUGCGACGUGCCUCAGGAAGCACCACGAAACAAUCCCUUUAACAAGCCCAUCUGCCCUCAGAACGAGCCUUGCCAGGCUCAUUGUAUCUGUCCAACGGCGUUGAAGCCGCCAAAGAACGGAGCUCCCCACCACCUCGACGUGACUGUUUGUGCUGAAGGACAGCCUUGCUACGAAUGCGACUUGUGUAGCUUUAGCAUCGUCAUGAGUUACAUCAAUCCCGGCAAGCUCUCGGGCGACACGAGGAUCUGUGACAUUGGCAAUUGCAAUGGCACAUGUGUAUGCAGAGAGCAGCUUCUUGAGUCUAUGCAGGCUGUGCUCUUCCCGAGCAAGGGCAAGGAGAGCGAGGUCAUUGAUUAUGGAGCCGACAACAGCAGCGCCAACGACAACAGGAAAGAGGAGCUGUAAGGCCGCAGCAGUUUUCACGUAUGGUGUAUCCACAAAAGGAAGACCCUUUUGGCAAUGUAUUUAUCGCCCUUGACGGACAAAAUGUUUUGCAGCAGCGCCCUUGGCUGCAUCGAAUCAAAUUCUGACCACCCUGUUC